UUCUAUAAUCGUUAACAGUUUUUGUGAUACCAGCAGCACCACCCGCUAAAGAUCCUAAUGCCGAUAAACCAGCAAAAAUUGGGAUCAAAGGCAGAACUCCACCAGUUUUCGGUAUGGGUAUGACCCGAGGAACUCGUACUUUCUGUACGCAAGGAAAUAUUUUUCUUGCAGCCAAGUAAGCGGCGUUUAUAAGAGCCUUACUGUCCUUGUGUUUUAGUUUUCUAAUUUUUGAUCUUACAGUUGUUCCGUGAACUGUCGUGGGCUCGGUACGCGUCGCUCGAAAUAAAUAGAUCGCCAACCUUUGGUGCUAUUCUAAAAUCUUGGAAUUUAGUUACAACUAAACACAUCAAUAUGAAAUCAUGCGCAGUAUGUAGUUUACAAUUCUCAGAAGGUGUUUACUGCACGUAUUGCAGCAGAGACAUGGACUUUGGUUGUGCUAAAAUUUCUGAAGUUGGAUGGAAGAAGCUGGGAGCUGAUAGAAGAGCUCAGUGGAAAUGCCCAAUGUGCAAAAUAUCAUCACCGACCGUGGUAACCUCUGAAGCAGCUUCCAUUGAAACAAUCCUCUCAGAAAUAAGAGACUUGAAACGUCAGCUGCUCAGCCUGCCUACGUUGGUAGAGGACAUUCAAGUUAUAAAGGAUGAGCUGUCCCAGGUUAAGGCGACUUGUGACAGUACGGCAGGAAAGCUCGAGGAAUAUGGUACUAGAUUGUCGGUGGUGGAAAGUAAAAUUAACAAACUUGAGAAGCUCCAGGACGUAGUCAACAAUCUUCAAUUGGAUCUAAGGAAGGUUAAGUUCGAGGUUGCAGCACAUGAUCAACGGUCACGCUUAAAUAACGUGGAGAUAAAAAGGAUUCCAACCAAAAAGAACGAGAAUCUCUUUGCUAUCGUCGAGGCCAUAGGUCGCAAAGUGAAUUGCGUCUGUCCGAAAUCUCAAGUGAAUUAUAUCUCCAGGGUUCCUAUCUAUAACUCAAAUGAAAAACUCAUAAUAGUGAGUUUUUUGAAUAGGUACGUCAAGGAAGAUUUCAUUGCAGCGGCACGUGCUGAUAAGGAUCUUUCAACUUCGGAUAUUGGCCUUCAAGGAGUACCUCAACGUAUCUACGUUAAUGAUCACCUAAGCGCAGAACACAAGAAGUUGCUGAGCAAAGUUAAAGUUAUGGCUAAGGAACGAAGCUACGAGUACGUAUGGGUUAAGCAUGGGAAAAUUCACAUAUUAAAAAAUCAGUCUUCAAAACUCCUAAUUAUAAGGAAGAGUCAGAUUUAAACAAAAUU